UUCCGGUGGUGUGACCCCGUCACAUGAUCAUCACGUGGUUCCGGUCACGCGGUUCCGGCCCCCGGAAGCGGAAGCGGCGGGAAUGGCGGCGCGGCGCGCGGUUGCCAUGGGGCCCCGGGCCGCGCCCCCCCCGCGCUGGGCCUGGGCCUGGAGGGGCCUCAGCACCAGGCGGGGCCCCCCCGACCCCCACUCGGUGCUCGGGGUCCGCCCCGGAGCCUCCGCCCGGGAGAUCCGAACCGCCUUCCUGGAGCGCUGCAAGGAGGUCCAUCCCGACGGGGACCCCUCGGACCCCUCCCGCCACGGCCGGUUCCUGCUCCUGGCCGAGGCCUACGCGGCGCUGAGCCCCCCCCGGGCCGCCGGGACCCCCCCCCGGGACCCCCCCGGGCCCGCCCCGAGCCCCGGGACCCCCCCCAGGGGGUCCUGGGGGGUUUGA